AUGCCUCCCGCCUUUCCAAAAGGCGCAAUCACGCCAGAGCAGCUGGCAGAGCUGGACGGCACCGCCGCCGCCACCACCACCACCACCACCACCACCGCACCACCGCCGCCGCCACCACCGGCUCGCCGGCCGGCAAGACCGGCACCCUCUCUCUUCUUCGCCGCGAGAAAGCGGCCAAGCACCACCACGGCCGCUCCACGGCCACCAACUCUCCCUGCCGUCCAGGUACAAACUGGCGGCAGCCAGCCAGUGCCAAUGGCUGGAAGCAGCAGCAGCAACGAGAGCGCGAGCUCUCCGGCGGGCGGUGCGGGCCGCAGCAUGCUCCUGCCAACCACGGUCCUGCCGUACGCGGCGGAGCCCUCGGCUCGCCCGGCGCCGGCACCACAAGCCAACUCCGAGGCACCACCAGAUUACAAGAAGCUCUACCUCGAAGUCAAAGCCGCAAACGACGACCUCUACGUUCAGCUGGAGAAGCGCGACAGCGACGAAAACAGCGCAACAAAGCAGAACGAGCGCCUGCGAGACGAGCUGCGCCAGGAGAGAUCCAACAAGGCAUUCGUCGACAGCGUUAACGCUGACCUGGAUCGCAAGGAGAGAGAGCGCAGAAAGACUGACGAGGACAUCAAAAAGGAGAGAGAAUGGUUCAGCAAACAGCGUGCCGAUUUCAAGAAACAGUCAGAGGAGCUGCAGCGCUGGGCAGACUCGCUGCAAUCAGAACUCAACGAGGAGAAAGAGGCGCGCAGGAAGCAGAUCAACAUAGCCGAUGAUCUCCAAGCCGAUCUUACUGCCGCACAAACUACAAUCGACUCGCUCACUAGAGCCAACGAAGUCCUGUCUCAGCAAGCCACCGAGAACGACAAGGCCGCCGAGUAUCUGAAAGUCGUCAGCGACAACCUCGAGCAGGUAUUCAAAGACCAGGGCAAGGACCUCAAUCCAGACAGCUUUGGCAAUCACCUCAAGCGUCUUACAGAGCAAGCCGAGAUCAAUCAACAGUCGUCGCAAGUCAGUCUGAACGAGAAGUUCAACAACGACGCCAAACUCGAGACAACCAGCAAAGCUCAGCGCAACAGACAGACGUCACUCUCAGAAGAUCUUGCUCGAACUGUCGAGGGAGAACAGGAGAGUCCAGAUAACAGCACAGUCAAGCCGGACACCCGCGACUACGACCAGCUUGAACAGAAGAUCAAAGAUCUCGAGAAACAGCAACAAGACUACGUCGAUGACUUGGCCAAGGCUCAAAAAGAGCAGAAGGAGAAGGACGACACCAUCGAAAAGCAACAGCGGCGCAUUCGAGUGCUGCUUGAGGAAGUCAACACAUUCACCAAACUCGAGCGGUCCAAGCCUGGUCUCAAACCAAUCGUCGAGUUCACUGACAGCAAGAAGCCAGUCCAAGUGACAGCCGCGACACAAACAGCACCUCUGACACCAGACACGCCAAUCUCCAACGAAGUCCGCGUUAGGCACGUGGUUCAUCAGCAGGAGAAGCAGGGCAACGCACCCAGUCUGCGCGGUCUCAUUUUCAUCAUCUUCCUCAUCUUCUGCUUUAUGACCUGGAUAGGUCAUUACGGCCAACUUCAGGGAUGGCGCAACGCCAAUCUCGGUGGCUACCACGACAUUCAAUACAGCAACUCCAAAGCGGUUGUAUAUGGCCUGAGAUCUCGUUUUGAGAAGCUCAUCGGCCUCGAUACUACAUUGCUGGGUUGAGCAGUCACACUACAUUCAACAUUGAUCGACGAACUUUUCAAUAAGAGUCAGCAUCCAAGAAUCAGCAUCAUGUCACUAUGGCUACUUGAGAUGCAGCAUCACAGCAUUGGCUCAACUACACACAACUUUUAACAUCAGUCGAAGAACAUGCCGACAAGAGUCAGCAUCCAAGAAUCAGCAUCACAGCAUUGGCCCAACUACACACAACUCUUAACAUCAGUCGGAGAACAUACCGACAAGAAACAGCAUCCAAGAAUCAGCAUCAUGGCAGCUUGAGAUGCAUCAUCAUUUCACUAUGGCUGUCUGAGAUGCAGCAUCACUUCAUUAUGGCUGUCUGAGAUGCAGCAUCACAGCAUUGACUCAACUACACACUACUCUUAACAUCGAUCGGAGGACAUACCGACAAGACUCUGCAUCAUUCUCGUAAGGUUGCUUGAGAUGCAUCAUCACAACAUUGACUCUUUGACAUACGAGAGAUGGAUGGCAUAUGGGUGAAAGGCUGGGCAAGGCGUUUUGUUUGGGAUAUUCCAAGGGUCUGGCAAUUGUGAUUUGAGCGAAGAUACCCACAGUGCGAAGCGUUUCCAGCACAGCACAGCACAGACAGCAUGAGCAUUUUGCAUUACGGACAGGCUUGCACAGAUAGCGAGCAGAAUACCACACAAUUUCAUUGACGUUGACGUUUUCC